CGGGGCGGCGGGCGGCGCUGAGGGCGGGCUGAGCGCAUGGAGCAGCGCGGACCGGGGGCCGCGGCGGCGAGGGGCCGGGCCGGGCGGCGAGGAGCCAGAGCAGCCGAGUCUCACGUGAGCACCGGUGAGGGCCGCUUCCUGUCUCCCGCAGACCUGGCCUUCAGGCUGUUCCCAAGCCAAUGAACCCCAUGAACCCCAUGAAACCUGCCCUGCCCCCCGCACCACACAGUGAUGGUCCAUUCGCAUAUGAGGCGGUGCCUUGGCAACAGAGUGCCACUCAGCCAGCAGGAUCGCUAUCUGUGGUCACAACCGUGUGGGGAGUCGGCAACGCAGCACAGAGCCAGGUUUUGGGGAACCCCAUGGGCCCUGCAGGGAGCCCCCCCAGCAGCUCCGUGAUGCCCGGCAUGGCAGGCGGCAGCUCCGCGCUGAGCUCCCCACAGUGCCUCGGACAGCAGGCGUUCGGUGAGGGUGGUGCCAGCAAGGGCUACGUGCCACAAGGGGUGUAUGGCCGCGGGGGCUACCCCGGGGGCCCUGGCUUCACUACCGGGUAUGCGGGCGGCCCAGGGGGUCCAGGGGGCCUGGGCCUCCCCUCACACGCCGCACGGCCAUCCACCGACUUCACUCAAGCAGCGGCGGCUGCUGCAGUGGCUGCUGCCGCUGCCACGGCCACCGCCACAGCCACCGCCACCGUGGCCGCCCUCCAGGAGAAGCAGAGUCAGGAGCUGAGCCAGUACGGAGCGAUGGGGGCUGGACAGUCUUUUAACAGCCAGUUCUUGCAGCACGGUGGUCCCCGAGGGCCCAGCGUGCCCAGCAGCAUGAACCCGGCCAGCGUGGGAGGGCUGAUGGGCCCCUCCAGCAUGAGCCCCAUGGGCAUGAACCCCACCCGGGCAGCGGGCAUGGCGCCCCUCUAUGCAGGGCAGCGCCUGCCCCAGCAAGGGUACCCGGGCCCCCCCCAGGCCCAGCCACUGCCCCGACAGGGUGUCAAGAGAGCCUACUCAGGCGAGGUGUACCCUGGGCAGCAGUACCUGCCAGGAGGCCAGUAUACACCUGCUGCCACCCAGUACGCACCUGGCCCCGGGCAGCCCCCUGCUCCAUCCUCCUACCCCGGGCACAGGCUGCCCCUGCAGCAGGGCACAAGCCCGUCCCUGUCCACCGCCAGCCCUGCGGGACCACACUACAAGCCUGCAGAACAGUUCAACGGGCAGGGUGCCAGCUUCAACGGGGGCAGCAUCAGCUACAGCCAGCCUGGCCUGAGUGGGCCCGCUCGUUCCAUCCCUGGCUACCCCAGCUCCCCACUGCCUGGGAGCCCCACACCACCCAUGACCCCCGGCAGCAGCAUCCCCUACAUGUCUACCAGCCAGGAGGUCAAGUCUCCCUUCCUGCCUGACCUCAAGCCCAAUGUGAGCAACUUACAUCCAUCGCCGCCCGGCAGCGGCCCCUGUGACGAGCUGCGGCUGACCUUCCCCGUGCGGGACGGGGUUGUCCUGGAGCCCUUCCGCCUGCAGCACAAUCUGGCGGUGAGCAACCAUGCCUUCCAGCUCCGAGACUCCGUCUACAAGACCCUGAUGCUGAGGCCUGACUUGGAACUGCAGUUCAAGUGCUACCACCACGAGGACCGGCAGAUGAACACCAACUGGCCGGCCUCCGUGCAGGUCAGCGUCAAUGCCACCCCGCUCACCAUCGAGCGCGGUGACAACAAGACCUCCCACAAGCCCCUCUACCUGAAGCACGUGUGCCAGCCGGGCCGCAACACCAUCCAGAUCACUGUCACCGCCUGCUGCUGUUCCCACCUCUUCGUGCUGCAGCUGGUGCAUCGGCCAUCCGUCCGCUCAGUGCUGCAGGGCCUCCUCAAGAAGCGCCUCCUGCCCGCCGAGCACUGCAUCACCAAGAUAAAGCGGAAUUUCAGCAGCGGAACCAUCCCUGGCACCCCGGGGCCCAACGGAGAGGAUGGGGUGGAGCAGACGGCCAUCAAGGUGGCCCUCAAGUGCCCCAUCACCUUCCGCAGGAUCCAGCUCCCUGCCCGGGGCCACGACUGUCGCCACAUACAGUGCUUUGACCUGGAGUCCUAUUUACAGCUUAACUGUGAGCGAGGGACCUGGAGGUGCCCUGUGUGCAACAAGACGGCGUUGCUGGAGGGCCUGGAGGUGGACCAGUACAUGCUGGGCAUCCUCAUUUACAUUCAGAACUCUGACUACGAGGAGAUCACCAUCGACCCCACGUGCAGCUGGAAGCCAGUCCCGGUGAAGCCUGACUUACACGUCAAGGAAGAGCCAGAUGGGCCGGUGCUGAAGCGCUGCCGCACUGUGAGCCCUGCCCACAUGCUCAUGCCCAGCGUGAUGGAGAUGAUCGCCGCCCUGGGCCCGGGUGCCGCACCCUUCACCCCCCUGCAACCCGCCUCAGCCCCGGCCCCUGGCGACUACCCUAGCCAGGGUUCCAGCUUCCUGGGACCCGGGACCUUCCCCGAAUCCUUCCCACCCACCACACCCAGCACCCCAACCCUGACUGAGCUCACCCCAGGGCCUCCGCCUGUCUCCUACCAAUCCGACAUUCCCAGCAACCUCCUUACGCCAGAGAAGCCCGGCCCCUGCCUCCCAGGCCAGAUGGCACCAGCAGGUCACCUGGACCCAGCCCAUAACCCCGGGCCCCCGGGGCUGCACACCCCUAACCUUGGAGGCCCCCCAGGGCCCCAGCUGCAUCAUCCAAACCCUCCCCCAGCAUCCCGGCCAGCUCUGGGCCCAGUGAACUCGGGGCCUCUCAGCGAGCUGGCCUUCAGUGCUGCCACAGGCAUGAUGGGGGCCCCCAUGUCUGGGGCAGGGGAGGCCCCGGAACCGGCUCUGGACGUGGUGUGCGAGCCAGAACCAGUGCAUAAAAGACAGCUGCUUCCAGAACUGACUAACCCCGAUGAGCUGCUGUCCUACCUGGGCCCACCCGACCUCCCCACGAACAGCAACGAUGACCUGCUUUCUCUCUUCGAGAACAACUGAUCCUAUCUGUCGACCACCUGGCUGGCAGGGACAUGCCCACCAAUGUCUCGCACCAUUCUUUCCAGCCCAGCCUCACCUGACACCAGCGGCCCUCCCCACGUGUACACCUGGAGCUGGGACCCACCCCUGACACCUGGCUGCUGGAGGCCGAACUGCACUGGCUGGGAGGGGAGCCCUGGGGCAGGGUUCUCCCUGGCCCAGUUUGCAGCUGCAGAACUGUUUUUGAGGAGAUGCCCAGCCCUGCCCCCAUCUGUACCAGCCCAUGCUUGUCCAGCCCUGCCUGGUUCAUGCAUACCCACCACCCCUGAACUCCAGCCUCACCCAGGCCCCCCCACCCCGCCUGCUCCCACCAGCCUGCAUCUUGUCCAGCGUUGACCUUUCUGUUUCAAUGACCCAUUUGGCCCUAGGCCAGCAAAGAGUGGGUUACUCUGUUCUGGGGCCUAGUCUCGCCCAGCCCACUAUGGCAGGGGCUUCAGGCUGAGGCUGGGGGUUGGGGGCUCUAAAGCACAAUAGUGUACAUAGUGUAGAAACACUAAUAGAUGUAGGGUGGCUGGUCCCUCUGUGCAGCUUGGGUCUCCGUGGGCUCCUGCCCUCACCCAUGUGCAGGCCAGGAGGGGUGGGGGGCAGCAGGCUCCCUCCUGCUGGCCGUUGGGCUCAGACUCAGCUCCACGUGCAGAUUCUCCAGCAGCCUGUUCCCCCCAAGUUGCCCUUUUCUGUAAGCGUGAAGAAUUGGUCCCACAGUGUUUUUUAAAUCCACCUCUCCUCCCACGUCCACACUGGGGCCACGCCAGGUCGGGGCGGAGGGGCCGCCACACUCUAGGUGCAGGGCCAAGUCGUGUCCCCUGUCUGCCUGUCUGUAUUAAAGGACUCCCUCGUGGUGGGC